AUGAGUAGUCUUAUCUCAGCUGUGACAUGGGUGCGACGGGGCGCCUCCGCACGAAUACCCUCAAAAUACGUUCUGGAUGACCAAGAGCUAGAGCGGGUCAGUGGUCUCGCACGGAUCGAAUUGGAGGACGCUCGUGUAGAGCUACAAAGAGCACACGAAGCAGCAAAAUUAAUGGGUAGGGGGGCAGAGGGUGUCGAGGCAGAUGAUCAAGGAGAAGAUGACGACGAAGCCAAUUGGGUCGAGCUGGGAGAUAAUGAACCGAUUAUUGUUGAGGACAGCGAGGACAGCGAUGCAAUGGAUGUAGAUGAGACGUCGAAUACAGCAAAUACGGACAAUCUAUCUCAAUAUAAGCUUGACGAAUACGACGACGACGUACAAACGGAUGCUAUUGGACCAUUCAGCAACAUAAAAGGUCUCACUUACUACAAGGAUAACUCUGAGGAUCCUUACAUCACACUGAAAGAGGACGAUGAUGAUAAUGAACGUGAAGACCUCGAAAUCCUCCCUACAGAUAAUCUACUUGUGGUUGCAAAAACCGAAGACGAAAUAUCUCAACUAGAGAUAUACAUCUACGAAGAAUCGCAAGACAAUAUUUAUGUUCAUCACGACCUCAUGCUCCCUGCUUUUCCUCUAUGCCUCGAGUGGCUUGAUUUUCCUCCAGCAUCCACUUCCAGUAACAACGACCCAGCCAGCACCGGCUUUGGCAAUUACAUUGCUGUCGGUACCAUGGAUCCUGAGAUCGAGAUAUGGUCCUUAGACGUCGUCGAAUCCAUAUAUCCAAACACUAUGCUCGGCAGACCCGACCUUACAAAAGCUCACGUACCAGUGCCCUCAGGAAGUGGGAAAAAGAAGAAGAAGAAAAUGAAGUCGCGGUCCAUCGAAAAAGGCUAUCAUGUCGAUGCAGUACUGGGUUUGAGCUGGAAUAAGGUUCAACGGAACCUACUUGCCAGUGCCAGCGCAGAUAAGACCGUGAAACUCUGGGAUCUAAGCCGAGGCCCUUCUAUGGAUGAUACCGAUGGUGCGAUUCGAAGCUUUGAUGUCCACAAGGACAAGGUGCAAGCGGUGCAAUGGAACGAGAAAAAUCCUAGUGUACUCCUUACGGGGAGCUACGAUCGCACUGUCCGGACAUUCGAUUCACGGUCACCAGAUUCUGGCGUUGGUGCUUUCCUUGGGAGCGAUGUGGAGGCUCUACGAUGGGACCCUUGGGAAGAGGCAGGAUUCUACGUCGCUUUGGAGAAUGGGCUGGUACUCAAUUACGACGUCCGCAAUCUUCCUUCAAAUUUAGAAACACCAUCACCGGCACGUUUCACUCUUUCGGCACACGAUGGGGCCACAUCCGCGCUUGACAUCAACCCCCAUAUCCGGGGAUGCAUAGUGACUGGUGGAGCUGACAAGCUUGUGAAGAUAUGGAAUGUCGAUGACUCCAGUGGUAAGAUGAAUGUGUCGUUAGUGACCUCCAGGGAUCUUGGCGUCGGCAAGGUCUUUUCCACAACCUUCUCCCCUGAUGAUCCUCUCACAGUAGCCGCUGGCGGAUCCAAAGCUAAACUUCAAGUGUGGGACGUUGGCGCUAAUUUCGGCGCUCGAAAGGCAUUUGGGACGAAGCUAAAGGAAGCAGGCAAGGUACUAAGAGAGCAUGAAGAUGGAGGAAAUGGUGGUGUAAUUGGCGUUGAAAGCGAUGAAGAAGACGAAGACAAUGAUGACUAG